CAUGUAAGGCAGGCGUAAUGGUUUGAACUUUGCACGGAAAGAACUUGCGACAAACAAGUCACUUUCGAAAGCAACGUUGACGUACUAUAUCAGUAUAUUGCGUCCGACCCUACCUUCCGGGAGAUGACAUUCUAUGUUUGCAAGGGCGAUAUCGAUGACGGUUCUUUUUUAUCUUUCCGUGUCGGUUGCAGGGCUUCCGAGCUUCUCGAUACACGCCUCGGUUUAAAAGCAUUCCAAUGAAACUCGAGAAUUUCCAGUUCGUAGGUCUUAUUCAUGGACACUUCACGUACUAAGGAUUUCCGUGUCGCGAUCGUCGGUGGUGGCGUAUGCGGCUUGACUUGCGCGAUUGCUCUGGCCAAGAAAGGUGUGCCAGUAGAUGUAUUUGAAUCCGCCGGGGAGUUCUUAGAAAUAGGAGCUGGUGUCGGUCUGGGCCCAAAUUCUGUUCGCAUCUUGCGAGGCCUUGGCGUGUUCGAAGAUGUCCUUGCAAAGUCCACCGAUCCGGAUCUGAAUAUGAACGCGUUUCGUUUCAUCUCCGGAUAUGAGGGGCAUGAAGUGCUUUACGACAAUCCGCUUCCGAAAGAAGAUUGUGGUAUUGGCAUCCUCAGGUCAGCGUGCUUCGUGGUUCCAGCGUUUGCCUUCCUCAAUGCCCUUGUUGGCCAUUUCGAUAAGAGCAAAGCACAUUUUCACAAGCGUUGUACCAACGUCACGCCGUCUGCUCAGAAUCCAUCCCGACUAGUUCUGGCCUUUGCUGAUGGUACAACUUACGAAGCGGACCUCGUUAUAGGUGCAGAUGGAAUCCGCAGUUCCGUUCGUAGUAUUGUCACCGGAAGGCCAUCGGAUGCCAAUCUAUCAUUUAGCAACACCAUUGCAUACCGUGCCCUCGUGUCAUGGGACCAACUUAAGGACAAGGGACUAAAGACAGACCUCACAAAGGGCAUGACCUGCUUCGCUGGUAAGGGCAGGCACAUUAUUGUCUAUCCAAUCAAUGGCGGAAAAACGAUAAAUGUUGUCGCCUUUGUAACAAACAUGGAUGGUGACAUUCCUGUCGGGAACGGCAAACUUCCCCUUGGAGCGCAGUGGGUUUGCGAUGCGCCAAAGGACGAAUUACUCAGUAAAUAUGAAGAGUUCGGGAGCGACAUUAAGACCCUUCUCAGUUGUGUGCGCAAAUCGUCAAAAUGGUCUAUACAUAUCGUCUAUCCUCCUUUGGAGUCCUACGUGAACGGAAGAAUCGCCCUCGUUGGAGACUCGGCCCAUGCGAUGCGUACACACCUCGGUGCUGGAGCGGGCCAGGGUCUCGAAGAUGGCUACGUCCUUUCACAUCUUCUUGGACAUCCAUCGGCGAACGCAAAUAAUCUCGAGCAAGUUUUGCAGGUAUACGACGGAGUCAGACGACCACGAGCGCAGGAGAUUUGGGAAAGGACGGCCAGAACUGGCGAGAUAUACGAAGGUCGAGGUCCUUCAGGUUUCAGUCCUGAAGGCUUCACGAAAGACCUAACCUACAACUGGGAAUGUGUGUGGCAUCACGACCUGGAUGGUGAUAUCCAGGCUGCCGUGAAGCAACUGGAGGAAGCUGGAGUGUUCUGAGGAUAGCUUGUUCGUCUCUUCAAUGUUCUUCGCGAUCUUAAGACCAUGUACCUUCCCGUCUCUGAUACCCUUUAUACUCUGCGAUAGAAAUAGGAUGCGAAUCAUGACAAGGUUGAUACAAUAUGAAAAUUCCAUACAUGACCAUGCAAGCAGCUGUGCAGAAUAUCGGCCGAGUAUAAUGCACUUGAUAUCCACGACGUCGAACGCAGUCAUCUCGACGUCUUGAUCACGAGCAUCUCCUUUCUUGCUCAAAUUUAGGCCGUUUGUGCUCACUGGCUGUCCAAAACCCGACGAUGCGGAGCUUGUUGUCUGGUCUAACACUGUAAUGGCCCGUGGUCUGGACGUCCCCAUGUGUGGAGAUAUAUGCAUGCGGCUUGCGUACAGCGUCCAGCCCGCACAUGCCAGUGCCAUGAAAAGCUUCGGCAAAUUAUGGGAAGACAAUUAAACCGCUACGACGUACUUGAUAGAGUCAAGGUCGCGCGCAAGAACACAUCACUCGAUGAUGAGACAGGCGAACCCAUCGUGGUCGGGACUAUGCCAUAAGACGUGGGCGCGACGUUCCCUGCAAGAUUCUGGACUUUUGACCGUAUAGAAGGACUGCCAUCCGCAAUCCUUUGCAGUAUUUUCCUUCCGCCAACCCAUCUCAUACCAACCUCUAUCGGCUUUGAUAAUAGACUGCUCCCCGUAUUUAAGAUGUGCUUGAUCUUGAGAAAAAUGCAUAUCAGUUUCUCUCUAGACAUAGGAUCGUCGUUGCCUUGAAGGUCCGGUGUAUGGGAGUACUCGAUGACCGCAGAUGAAUCCUCAUAUCCUUUGAUGACAACACCAGGAAGGAGCGAGUAAACAACAUUGCCGAAACACCUGAAGAGCGAUCGAAGACAUGGUAAGACGAAUGGAUCUCGCACAUUUUGUAGUCAAGUUUAUUCAAGCGCGAUGAGUUGGAGAGUCAUCAAAUUAGAGCAGCAGCAGCGCUUCUAUAGGACUGGAUAAACCAGAUAGUGAGUAAAACGACUCCUCACCAAAAGUCUCCC